ACAAUAUUGCAGGUAGGUUAGCCUACAGUAUGUCAGCAACAUGUUGAAGUUUGUUGAAUUUGAGCGAGAAGACGUAGACGUGAGCAAGCGUACAGAGCAGAGGGAGAUAUAGCCCACAUGAUCACAAGAACUCAGUGAUGGAGCAGGUGGUGGAGAUAUAGCCCACAUGAUCACAAGAACUCAGUGAUGGAGCAGGUGGUGGAGAUAUAGCCCACAUGAUCACAAGAACUCAGUGAUGGAGCAGGUGGUGGAGAUAUAGCCCACAUGAUCACAAGAACUCAGUGAUGGAGCAGGUGGUGGAGAUAUAGCCCACAUGAUCACAAGAACUCAGUGAUGGAGCAGGUGGUGGAGAUAUAGCCCACAUGAUCACAUGAACUCAGUGAUGGAGCAGGUGGUGGAGAUGUAGCCCACAUGAUCACAAGAACUCAGUGAUGGAGCAGGUGGUGGAGAUAUAGCCCACAUGAUCACAAGAACUCAGUGAUGGAGCAGGUUUUAAACUGGUCAUCCCUGAUCGUGCUGUGAAGUGUAAAGAUGGUGAUGAUGUCACACUGCGCGGUCACCUCUCUCCUGAAACCAAUGCUGUUGCCAUGGAGAUCAGGUGGUUUAAGGGGACAGACUGUAUCUACCUGUAUAGGAAUGGUCAUGUGAUAGAGGGGAGGGGCUAUGAGGGCAGAGUGAGUGUGGACCCCCAGCAGCUGCAGAGAGGAGACGUGUCUCUCAGACUGAGGAGCAGAAGGGGUGAUGGAGGAGGAGUGUACACAUGCCAGGUCAUCAGUGGAGGACACCAGGAGGAGGGAAGAGUCGGGUUGAGGAUCUACAAUUGGGAUGUGCUGAAGGAGAUCACUGCUGCAGAGAGGAAGAAAAUGGAGGAAUCUGUCCAGUCUCUGGGCUUUAGAAACACACUGUGGCUAUAGUUGGUGCCUUCUGCAUCCCAUCAAAUGGCGCCCGUGUCAUUGAAUGACCCUUCUCCUGGGACCUGAGAGGUCUGGAAGGUGUUUACUGAAGCAUGUCUGAUAGCUCAGAAGAACAGAGAGAUGGAGAAGAUGA